AUGGCAUUAGCCAAGGCUCCAGUCUCAUCCACUCAAACAACCUACACAAAUUUUGUAAAAACAUCAUGCAAUGUAACCACAUACCCAUCUGUCUGUUUAAACUCCCUUCUUCCUUACGCCACCGCCAUCAAAUCAGACCCUUUUAGGCUCGUAAAACAAGCCCUUUCCGCGACCCUGAAGUCAGCGUCCACAACCCGUUCAACCAUCUCAAAACUAGCCAAGGCCAAGAACAUAACCAAAGGUGAUGCUGCAGUCCUUAAAGACUGCAUUCAAGAUAUUCAAGAUUCCAUUUCAGAUAUUAAGGACUCGUUGAAAGCCCUCUCGAGCCUUAAAUCGUCUGCAGACAAGAAGUUUGUGCUUGCUAAUGCACAAACGUGGACGAGCGCCGCCAUCACUGAUGAGUACUCGUGUACUGAUGGCAUUGACGAUGAAGAAGUAAGUCCCGCGGUUAUGAAGAAGAUUAAAAGUAGCAUAAUGAGUGUUGCAAGGCUGAGUAGCAAUGCUUUAUAUCUCAUUAAUCACCUACAAGUUUGA